ACCACAGAGUAACUGUGAAUGAAAUAGUUUAAUCUGUCAGUGCCAAGUAACCCUGCCAUCAAGCUAGAGUAACUGCUCAUUCGUACCUAACAAUAAAUUUUAUUUUAUUCAUAAAUCGAUGAUUUUUUUUUUUUUAUAUAUCAAGUCCCAAGUACUUAAAAAAUUAUUUUUCUAAAACAAAUUUCAGUAAAACAUAAUUUGAUUUGAAGAUAUUAAAUUUCUCAUGAUAAUAAUAAAUAAAAAUAACAAUAAAUAGUAAUAUUGUGAUAAAGUGUGUAAUGAAAUGCAGAAUCGAUGAUAAUUGUCUUGGGAUUUAUGACUUUGUGUAAUAAGUUUAGUAAUGAUGAGCAGCAAAUUUAGUGUUGAAGCAACAAGUGAUUACCAAGUGAUACUUCUUUGUCGUAUAGUUAAUACCAAGUGUCUUAUUUGUGUUUAUUAUUUUUAUAAACAUAAGAUAUUAUAAGUUAUUUUAUUUAAACGGCAUUUAUAUAUUUAUAAUUAUGUUUUACUAUUAUACUUGCUUAUAUAAAUUAAGUGGUAUUAUUUAUUAGUUUUAAAAUGGAGCCACCGGGAUUUUAUUUCUCAAGAAGCUGACUAUUAGUCAGUUUGAUUUGAAAUUAAGAAAAUUACUUACGGAGUUAAAAAAUGGAGAAGGAUGUACUGAAUCAUUAUGUUCAUAAUCGGGGCCGAAGUCAAUCAUUAAGUGGACCAUGUAAAGAGCCACUUCUGCCAUCAAGUAAAAGAAAUUCAUACAGGAUGACACCAACCGGUGGAAGAUCGCGUACCGUCUCUGAGACAAACGCAACUGCGGUAUCAAUACCAUUGACAGCAGGUGAUGAUUGUUAUGAAAUAACAAUUUUAGAUGAAUCAAAUGCAGAAGGCGGACGUUUACCGGACGUUGUGGCUGAAAGUAGAUUUUGUGAUGAUAAUUCUGAACCAACUGAAUCUUAUCUUGCCAUUACAAUUCAAGUUUUCAUUCCAUUCCUCGUUGCGGGUCUCGGUAUGGUUGGGGCUGGUCUUGUUCUCGAUCUUGUUCAACAUUGGGAAGUAUUUGAAAAAGUUAAUGAACUUAUGAUCCUGGUACCUGCAUUGCUAGGAUUAAAAGGAAAUUUAGAAAUGACUCUUGCCUCGCGACUUUCUACUCAAGCUAAUCUCGGUCAUAUGGAUGCACCUAAACAACAAUGGUAUAUGAUUGUUGGAAAUUUAGUUUUAAUUCAGUGUCAAGCAAUAGUGGUCGGUUUUUUAGGAUCAGUAGUAGCAAUACUAAUGGGAGCACUUAAGAAUGGAACAGUAUCAUUAGAUCAUACAUAUCUUUUAUGUGCCAGCAGUUUAGUAACCGCAUCUUUAGCAUCCUUUGUCCUUGGGUUAAUAACUGCCGGUGUAAUUGUAUUUUCUCGUCACUGUCAUAUUAAUCCUGACAACGUAGCAACACCAAUAGCUGCAAGUCUCGGCGACAUAACAUCAUUAGCAUUAUUAUCAUGGAUUUCAACAAUUCUAUACGAAUCAAUUGAUAAACAAGACUGGUUAGCACCAUUGGUAAUUGCCUGUUACAUUCUCGUAACACCACUCUGGGUAUGGAUAGCUAAACGUAAUAAAUACACCAAUGAUGUGCUCUAUUCCGGCUGGACACCAGUAAUGGUAGCAAUGCUUAUCAGCAGUUGUGGUGGUUUAAUUCUUGAUUUCAUGGUGUCGCGUUUUGAAACACUUACUGUAUUUCAACCGGUAAUAAAUGGUGUUGGUGGUAAUUUAGUUGCUGUACAAGCAUCGAGAAUAUCAACAGCAUUGCACAAACAAGCUGAUCUUGGUACACUAUUAAUACCACCUGGACAUACUCAUCCAGUAAUAUUUAUAACACCAAUAGCUAAUUUUUUUGGAAAAGGACAUCAUUCAAGAACAACACGUGUACUAAUGGCAAUGGUUAUACCUGGUCAUAUUAUAUUUAUUUAUAUGAUUAAAUAUAUGAAAGAUGGUGAUACAGCAUUAACACCAUUGUUUGUAUUUGUUUAUUUGUGCGCGGCAAUGUUACAAGUUGCAGCAUUACUAUAUAUUGCUUAUAUUAUGAUACACUGGAUGUGGAAAAGAAAAAUAGAUCCAGAUAAUUCGGCUAUACCAUAUUUGACAGCCAUGGGAGACCUUUUAGGUAUCAGUUUAUUAGCAAUAGCUUUUCAAUUUUUGUAUCUCGUUGGCGAUCAAGACUACGAUGGUGCCAUUUAAAUCCUUAAUGUCACCACAAUCUCACCCUAUUUUAUUUUAAUAUUUAUUUAUUGAAAUUUAAAUAUACGCAAACAAAAAGGUAUAAUUAUUAAUUAAGCUACGAUAUGAGAUAAUAAAUAAUCAAUUAACUUUUUUUUUAUUUUUUAAAUAACAGAUAUUUCGUCUUGCGUUUACGACGAUACUAUUUUUUAACUGCGCGUUAGUUGUUUUAUUGUUAAUAUAAAUUUUAUUAUCAGGGAAGAUCUUCCAUGCUUUAUGAUUUAUUGAUAAGGUGGAGACUAAAAAAAUAAGACGUAAUGGCCUUCCGAAAUGUUUUCAUAGAAGAGAGUAGAUUAAAGAUUUUUAUUUUUUAUAUUAAUCAUUUGAUAUUCAUUUUUUGAUGAUUGAUUAUUUUAAAGAGUUUAUUUGUUAAUACAUUACUGUAUUACGGCAGUAAAAUACGCACUUUUAUUCGUUAAUAUUAACAGUAAUUUAAACAAAGAUUAUUUACAUUUUAAAAAAAAUAUAAUUGUUAUUUAUUUUAAGAAUUUUCAAGUAUCGAUUUUUAUUCAGUAAAAAAAAAAAAAAGGUUCUAACUUCGUUCUUUUUUAAUUUCACAAGAACGCUAAAAAAAGACAAAAUAUAUAUUUUUUAAACUAUAAUGAAAUUUUUAAAAGUGUAUAAUAUAGACACCUUUAAAUUGUUGAAUUAAUUCCGGAAGAAAAUUUAUUUAAAUAUUAAAACUUCCGAUCGGAAUAGAUGCGGAUUAAAAUAAAAUUCGCGUCACUCCGAAAUCACUCCAAUGAAAAAAAAAUUCACUAUUUCUUCCGUACGCGGAGUAAUUUUUUUUUAUAAUCUCAAACUUUGAGUGAUGGAGUGAAUUUGAAUUAAAAUAAUAUCUAUAUUUACUCCGAGUGUGCUCGGAAGGAAAUGUAAAAAAAUAAUUUUGUGCAAAAUGGAUUUUGAAACUUUCUCUACUGAUCAUGCUAACAUUAAGUAUUGUUUAGUAAUAUGAACAAAGUGCUUGAAAGAUUCAUUUUUGACGCGUUUAAAAUGAUAGAAAUUUUUUACUUCAAAAAUAUUUUAAAACAAACUCAUAUUUUUAUUUAAUCAUCCAGAACACUACUGAUCUAAAUAUUUUAGAGCCCACAAGUGUAAAAAAUUUGAUAACUGAUUUUUUUUCUAUAGAUUAAACAAAAAAAAAAAAAAAUUAAUAAAGAUGGGAAGAAAAAUUAAUAGUUUUAUUAAUUUUUUUUUUUUUUGCCAGAAUAAAUAAAACAUUUCAGUUCAUCACACUUAAUACAGCUCGGUAUGCUCUCGACUCUAUUUAACGUCAACGUUGAGUCCGUAUCCGAAUCCUUUAGUAAAUAAAAAUCUUUUAUGAUGUAAAUAUUUAAGUAAUAAAUAUUAAAAUUAUUUUUGUAACUUUUUUACUUGAAAAAUUGAUGCUGUUAGUUUUAUAUUGACAAUGAUUGAGAUUAUAUUAUUUGUUUAUUAUUUACUAAUAAUAUUUUGGCUGAAACACCUCAACUUAUAAAAAUAUUUUUAAAUAAAAAAUAACAAAGAGAGAUUAAAAAUAAAAAUAUUAAUAAAUAAACUCUUUAAAAAUAAUUACAUAAAUAAAUGUCAAAAUAAGAUUACUACAAUUAUUAAAUACAAACGUCAAAAACAAACUUUAAUCUGCUAAUUAAGAAAGUGGAUUAAUUCGAAGUUGAUACAAUAAUAGUAUGCCUUCGAGUAGUUGCCUUCAUAAAGAACUUACGUAAUGAAAAUAAACAAAAAAAAAGGCCUUCCGUUUAUGUCAAAGCUUAGAUCGUAUGUUUUCUAGUAUGAGUGUUGACUAGUAUUAAUUGUCAAUUAAUUCAUUAAUAAUUAAAUCAAUGAAUAAUCGAAAUUUAAUAAUUGAAAUGCUUUUAGGAAAAUUUUCAAUAACAAAAUAAUAUUUAGUAAAAUUAUUUUAGACGAAAAUUAUUAAUCAAAUUUUAAUGAAAACAAAAUCAAUAGAAUUUUUUUUUAGGUAAUUAAUUAGUUGAAAAAUAAUUGAAUUAUAUAAACGGAUUAAUAUUAAUGAAAUUUAUGUGGAAUUGGUUAUCAAUUGCAGUUACUCAGGCUAUUUAGUAUUAAGCAAAUUAUUAUUAACAUUUAAUUGCUUUUAAUGGCGCAAAUCAAGAAAAAAAUUAUGUUAUUAUUAUUAUUCUUUUUUUAUUAAAUGACGAAUCUCGGAAUCGAUAAAACAAAACGAGUUCGAAAUGAUAAAUUGUAUAAAUUUUAUUUUUAAUAUUUAAGUGAUCAAUUAAUUUUUAUUGUUAAUUAAUUUGUUUAGUUAAUUAAUUAAAUUGUUAUAAAUGCAAUGUACAUAUUAUAAAUAUUGAUCGAUAUAUAAGUCAAUUUUAUUUAAGGACUAAUAUUUAGUCCUUGACAAUACGGAAGUCAUUAUUGAGUAUACAUAUUAGGGUGGGUCAAAAAAAAAAAUCUUGUAAUCGAUUAGAACACUUUUUUUUUAAGAGUUUCACUUAAAAUUAAAAAUAAUUAGAAAGCAAUGCAGAAUUCAAAAAAAUUAUAUCUGAGAUAAUUUGUGAGGAAUAAAAUUGUCUACAAAAAAAGAACCGAUGACAUUUUGUGAUAAGUUUGAUAGUUUCGCUGGAAAAGUAAAAAGAUCUCGAAAUUUACUAUAAGCUUGAUUUCAAGCUCCAAUAAUUUAUGAACCGAUGAAUCUAUCAAAAAUUAAUAAGAGACUUUUUUUUUGUUGAGCGUUUCAUUCCCUACGAAAUUAUAUCCUGAGCUUAUCUGUACAGUGAGCCAUUGCCGAGAUAAAAAAUUCUAAGCUGAAAAUUUUUUUUCCCAUGUUAUUUAAAUAGGAAAUCAAAAUCACGAACAGGCGGCUCUUAAUAUUAAUAUUAAUAGCUCAAACUUCACUAGAGUUUUUUUUUCACCAUCUUCAACGAUAUUUUCACAGUAACUAAAGAAAAUUUUGUUUUUGGCCCAUCCUAACAUAUAUACAUAUUUAUACACGAGUUCUCCCGGUUGGGUAUUAAAAAUAUUUUUUUAAAUAUUAUUAAAUGUCUACAGUAUUAUUUAAUAACUGUUUUAAUAUUGCAAUUUAUACAAUAAAAAAAAAAUUAAUUUUAUAUUCAAAAAUACAAUAACCGGGUACUCGAUUCAAAAACAAACCCAAAGAAUUACAGAAUCCAAAGAAAUUUAUUUCUAUAAAAAAAAAAAAAAAAAAAAGAAA